AUGAUAGGUAAUCCUCAUCUUUGUGGAGGGACAUUAAUCUCCUAUGAUCCCGCCUAUGUUUUCACGGCUGCACAUUGUCUUUUAGAUGCUACUGAAGACAUCACCAACUAUUUUGCUGUUGUCGAUAAUAAGACGAUAGCCAUUGCAGAUUACAUCAUACAUCCUUAUUAUAAUAGAUCAGUAGAAAACGAACUAGUUUUUGAUGCAGCCAUUAUUCGUCUUGCUUCUCCUCUAGUUAGAUCAAGUACUAUAAGCCAUGCCACUUUUUGGUCAUCUCAAAUGGUAUUGUCCAAAGCAACAACACAAGCUGAAUUGAUAGGACUAGGAUAUAUGGAUGUAGAUGGUCAUACAGCAUCUACAUUACAACGUUUACCAUUAAAACUUACUGCUAUGGUAAAUAUGACGAUAGAAACAGAGAAUCGAUUAGGAGCUAUGGCAUGUCAUGGUGAUUCAGGUGGGCCUCUUAUUAUCUCUGAUCAAAGCAAUAAUAAAUCGUUGGUAGCUGGAGGAUUAGUGCGUAUCUUUGGAGUUUAUGAUGCAGUCCCUCAUCAGCCAACGUGCCCUAUACGUGUUGGUAAAGGAUUACAAAGAUGA